UCGCACUUACCCCAGACCUUCAGGCAGUCUUAACUACACCCUCUCCACCACCUCCCCAUAGCGCAGUUGAAAAAUGUGAUCAGUUUCUGUCAAUAAUUAAUUAAUAUUUAAUUUUGUGUCGAUUAACUUUCGCGGUUUAAAUUGAAGUUUUAGAAUUGGUUGACAAAUUACCCAGCUGUGAAAAUGUCUAGAAAUGGCCUAAUUCAGUGAUAUUUAAAAUUUCCAAGUUGCAAGUGGUGUUAUACCGUUCUUCUCUAUUUAAUAAAUCAAUAUGUGUUAAAACGUUAGUUUAGAUUAAAAUGCAAGCCAUUACCUGGACUGGAAGGAUUUUAUCUCGUGCUAUAUGGAAUGGCAUUAAUAAUUAUUCCACGAAUUGCACCGAACCUAGCCCUCCACUGAAGAAAUUUGAACCCCACAUUCUUUCUGUUGUUUCGGGCUUUCCAAAAGAAAUAUCGCAAAAUAAAUUGAAGAAAGGACAGUUUGGAGAUGAUGCAUGGUUUACAGCCAAGUUUAAAACUGCUGAUGUUUUAGGAGUUGCUGACGGAGUCGGUGGAUGGCGAAAUUAUGGCAUAGAUCCUGGAGAGUUUUCGUCAUUCCUGAUGCGAACUUGUGAACGCCUUGUUACCAGUGGCCGAUUCCGUUCCGCUGAGCCUGCAAACCUUUUAGCCCAUAGCUAUUAUGAGCUGCUCGAAAACAAACAACCUGUUUUAGGAAGCAGCACGGCUUGUGUGGUUGUUCUGAACCGUGAUACCAGCACCGUCUACACAGCCAAUAUCGGAGACAGUGGAUUCGUGAUAGUGCGCCACGGCGAGGUGGUCCAUAGAUCUGAGGAACAGCAGCACUAUUUCAAUACACCUUACCAGUUAUCGCUUCCUCCACCCGGGCACAGCAGGCUCGUGCUCAACGACAGGCCUGAGUCUGCAAACACUACCAAUUUCCGAGUACAGGAUGGCGACGUAAUCCUCUUAGCGACCGAUGGGGUUUUCGAUAACGUCCCUGACCAAAUCCUACUCAACGAGCUGAAAAGCGUGGAAGGGGAACGAGACCCCCUGCGCCUCCAGUCUGUCGCCAACUCGAUCGCCUUGAUGGCAAGAAAGCUGGCGUUCGACCAGACAUUCAUGUCCCCCUUCGCUAAAGCAGCCCGUGCCAAUGGCAUUAACAUCAUUGGAGGUAAGCCUGAUGAUAUCACUGUGCUUCUGGCUACGGUUGCCAUGUAAAUCGCAUGCCUCUGCCAUCACUGGAGACACCAUCGUCAAUAACUGUUCUCCUUCCUAGUCCUCUCUUCUAACUUAGUUGCGUGCACAUUUGUGUAUGCUCAUUUAUAUGUAUGUAUACGUUGAGCUUGUAGUAUCGAUUCCAGUGUAAUAAAUAUUAACAUUAUAUGUUGAGAAUUAUAUAUUGGCUGGUUUAUAAACAAAGUUUUUUUUAUUGCAGUACCAAGACAUGUAAUUAUGAAGUUUUGGUGUUGAUGUAACUUAUAGUAAUUAAUAUAUUUGUAAAGAAAAGUAAACAAUGGACAGCCAUAAAUUUUUUUAACCAAAGUUGAAAGAGGAACAGGAUAUUUAAAUAAAAUUAAUGAUAUAUAUUAUCAUUAUUGUGUAUUAGUAUUGUAUUUAGAUGUAAUUAAUAUUAUGAAUGGUUGCGUCUACAAAACAACUAAAGAUUUAUAUGUUUGUAUAUUGUAUGACUACCAUGGCUAUAUUGUGUAAAUAUAUUUUAUUGAGUUGAUUGCUACUCAAAAUAAAUUCCGGAU